GGAAGUCGUCACUACCAGUCAGUCAGUAGCAAAUAUUCCGAAGUUUGGUAGUUUUGUUAGCGCUGAAUGUGUUAAUUUUGUGAUAAAGUUAAUUAUGUAGCUGCCGUAAUUACACGCGUGGUUAGUGUGCGCUGGAAAUCUGUCCAGCAGUCUGAAUCUGUUUCUGAAGGGUCGCUGGAAAUGACUUUUACUGGCUUAAAGUAAUCACAUCCGACCUGUGUGCAUCAUGAGGAUGGCUCGGACAGUAUUAACGUUAGUCAUAUAACAGCACACUCUCGCCGUCGGAGAGGUUUUUUUUUUUUUUUUUAGCGGGGACUGACAGUUGUAAACGUGAACUCGAUAAAGGUACUGCUUUAUGAAACAUGUCUGACUUGAUUUAAUUGCCGUCGUCCCGGUGGCCUUCGAAAGCCUCACAUGCACUAGCAGUGAAAUCAGUAUGCAUGAGAAAAAACAGUCUUGAAGUCAUUAUAAUAAUUUCUUUAUUGAAUUAUAUGCAACAAAAAAUGCUGAGUUUAAUUCAUGCUAUUAUUCCUUACAAUACAUUACUAUUUAUGUGUAUAAAGGUAAAUGUAUGAGGACGUGUAACGUUAGACAGUUAAGUACAAUUUUGUACCACGUUAUUAUUGUGCGUUUCUUGGAAUUGUACAUGAAUACCAUGGUAUAUGAAUAUAAUUUUUCAGUACCAUGUUACAAAAUAAUUACAAUGCAAUAUUAGCCUUUGUUGUAUUGUAGUUUCAUGUAAAUAACAUAGCACAUAAAUAAAUAUACAAAUUCUAUACUAUAAAUAUUCUAAAUCAGCCAUGGUAAUACUUUCGGAGACCUUACAUUCUGUAAAUGCUAUGGAACAAUAUAUAAAAUACUGCUCUUAUAAGUCCCUAUAAAAGAUGUUGUCCAAUCCUCCGGUUGAGCAGAAAGGGACAGAGCAGUUGCCUGCGUCUGCGGCUGGUCCGUGCCAUCGUGCUGCUCAGUCUUUGCUGUAUCGGGAGCAGCUGGCCGUCGGAUGCAGAGAAACCAGCAGGAACGAGAUUGAAUCUGGUGACAGAACACGGUCCUCAGACUUUGGGAAAGGUGUGAAGGGAGUUCAUCUAAAGAAUGAAGGAGCUCCGAGACUGAUGACAUUUGGAGUCGGUCCUAAUUCGACUCCCAUGCACAUGUGUACUCUGCAGGAAGGACAAAGAAAGGGCUUCUCCAACUUUGAGCAGACGGGAGGGAUAUCCAAACAUUGGCAGCAGAUUCUUGAGGACUUGAUAGUUCCUGUCUCUUCUCGAUUGACUGUUACACAAGCUUGUCCUUCAGAUGCUUUACCUAUCAACCUGGAUAAAGACUCUGCAUGUUGUCCUAGCUUAUCUCAACUUUUUCACCCCACCACUUCGCCUUUGUCCACUUUAAGCAAAGGGAGCUUCUCUGGGGCAGGUGUUAGUAUCGUUCUGGCUAUAUCUUCUCCAGCUUCCUUCAGACUGUGGUUUCGACACAGGCGGAUCAGCUUUCAUAUUAUGCAGUUGACACGUCCUAGUAUCCAUACGGUUGUGAGUCGGAUUUUGGAAAUGUGCAAGUAUCAUCCUUUUCGACCUCUGGUUGACUUCACUGCUCCACCUGGCGUAGACAACGAUCACCACUAUAUACGCCGAUCCAGUCAAGAAGCUACACCCAGCAGAAAAAGAGCUUCAGCACGGAAAGCCACAUCUUCAUCAGUGUGUCAUCUGUCAAAAAUUAGUUUCACAUCACAAAGGAGUCUGGAUCACUCUUCUUGGCACAGCAUCAGCCCCAAGUCUAUGCGAUUGGAUGAAUCCGCCACCGAAUCUGUGCCUAGUUUUGCUUUUGCCAGUGCAAAUGUCAAACACCCUGGUGUACACAGUCGGGCAGCGUCAACAGAAAUGAACCAGGUGGAACUCUACGACACUAAUUCUGAAGCUCAAGGAGGUCAACGUUCCAAAAGGGUCUCCCAAAUUCGUAUUCGUAAGACGGUUCCCAAACCAGUUAACAACCUUACUCCAAUGGGACUCCCCAAACCAAAGAGGCUGAAGAAAAAGGAAUUCAGUUUGGAGGAGAUUUAUACCAACAAGAAUUACAAGUCUCCGACCCCUAACAGAAGCCUGGAGACGAUAUUCGAAGAACCGAAAGAGAAGAAGGGCUCUUUGGUAUGCAUUGGUCAUCAGAAACGAAAGCGGGUUCUAGACUUCCCAGAUUUCACACUGCCUCGGAAGCGCAAGGCUAAAACUAACCUGGGUCCACUGCGUGUGAAGGGUCCAUGAGGACGGGCUCGUAGGGGUCGACAGGACGACGCUGACCUUGAGGAAUUACUAAUCGAGAAGCUCACAGAGCUGGAAGACUACUUCUCUCGCCAAGGCCUGGAGGUUUAAGCUCAGUUUUUCACAAAUCUUUAUAACAAUUGUUCCGUUAUCAAAAAUGUUGGUUUUAAUAUUUUUUGCCUGCACAAGGAAAGAAUUCAAGAUAGUUCAGGCAUCGUUGUUCAAAGAGCGUUUAGCAAUAGAGGGAAAGAACACUUUCUGGUAGCAUUUACACUUUAAACUUAAAGUAUGUCGUGAACUGACCCAAAACACCUGAGGAAUGAAUGAGUGUGUGUGUGUGUGUAUAUGAUAUAAGCACAUUAUAGUGAAAUUUUACCUGAGCACUUUCUGUAUCCUCACAAUGUGGCAUAGUUUUGCUUCUCUUGCACUUUCACAAUUGUUGCUUAUACCAACACGUUCUUAACUGUCAUUUUCUGGCAAAAAAAAAAAAGAGGAAUAAUGUUUGAUUGUUUGGUUUAAGCCCUUCAAGGUCUCUUAAAAACGAGAUGAUGUUCAUCCUUUACUACUAAUGACAUCUGAAAUUCUUUCUAAAUGAAAAUGCUGAGGGAUUUGCUGCCAAAUACAAGAAAACGAAAAACUAGUUCGUUUGAGAUUUUUUUAAAUCUAUAUUUUAAGGUACAGUGUUUCAUCACUAUGUUCUUGAGAGAUGUUCUAAAAUAAUGCAUUUCACCAUAGAAAUAUGACUUUGUGUUUCUGCAUUUGUUGUUCUUGCAGGGUGGUCAUGAAUUAGCUAGUUUUGAAACGGGCUUAGCCUCAGCCUGUCAUUGACAUUGGUUUGAAAAUCACUCGGAGUAAAAUUAAUCAUUUAUUCACACUUCGUCGUUCCAAACUUGUAUGACUUUGUUCUUCGGAAUGCAAAAAGAUAAAAAUAUCCAAAGGUAAUGGAACCCAAUGUUUUUGUUCAAAACAUCUUUAGUGCUCUACAGAAGAAAGUUAGUCUUGCAGAAUUGGAUUGACCUGAGGGUGAGGAAUUAAUGACAGAAAUGCAGUUUAGCUGUUAGCUGUGAUAUUGCUUUUAUUCGUCACUGACGUUUGAAUUACAUUUAUUUAUCGAAAACAGAGCUGAGAUAUGAAAUACAUGUUUGCUGUGACUCUAUGGUUAAUUUUCGCUGGCUUAAUAUUUGGUUGACAUUAGUGAAGCGUUUGGUGAGAUCCACCUUCCACAUUUCUGAUCUGAUAUUUACUGGGUGUUAUAUGCAGCUAAUAAAGUGAAGAGCUGACCAGAUUAGACUUAUUUUUAGUUUUAGUUUUAUCAUUCCAUUGUGCGAAAUACUGCCACAACUUAAUCAAAUUUUGAUGACGAAACCAAGGUUAAAUUUUUUGUUUUGAUAUAGUAGAGUGUUGUCUUUUUGUAAUUUAUUUUAUUUAUGGAAAGCUUUUACUAACAAUUGUAAUUAACCUUGGUUUUUUUUACCUAUAACUUUGAAAGUCAGUUAUCGGACUCGACCCCCAAAUAAUCUCAACGUUUGCCCGGGAGCAUCUCUGUGCCAGUAUUGAUAGAAAUGUGCUUACAAUGCAGCCUAUAGACAUGUAUUGUCUCUUUCAAUCACUUUGAACUGUUAGAAUGUAUAAAAGGCUGACGUGUUUACUUCGCUCUGUUGGUGGAACCAGUUGUUCGAUCUGUUUUUAUUUUUUUACUACACUUUCAGUGUUACAGAAACUGCUGCUGCUAUGCUUCUCUUUGAGCUCACCAACGGAUCAACAUUAAGUAUUGCUUGAGAGCUGUCAAUC